AAGAGGCGGGACUAUUUCCAAGGAUUCGUCCGCAUUGACCUCGGCCACAUCUUUCGUGCCCUUUAAUUCGCAGUUUACACAUUGGCAGACUGGAAAUUUAUCCAGCGAGUUUUAUUUUACUUGUCUAUCUAAAUUAGAAAAUGGCGUUGCUAACACCUCUCCUUGCAUUCCUCUACCACUUACCGCAGGUGUACAAGUGGCUGCUAAAGCCAUACUAUGUCGCGUCUCUGUUCAUGUCAGUCGCGUUUCUCCUGAUCCGCAAGACGCCAGGCAUCUGCGAGCAUCUUUCGACACAACGAGAGGAUGGCAACCCCUGCGACUUUGACUGGAGAGAAGUGGAGAUUCUUAUGUUCCUCAGUGCCAUCGUCAUGAUGAAAAACAGAAGAGCUAUAACGGUGGAACAGCAUGUAGGGAACAUCAUUCUGUUCAGUAAGGUUGCCAACGUUAUCCUCUUCUUCAGACUGGACAUCCGCAUGGGCCUGCUCUACCUCACCCUCUGCAUCGUGUUCCUGAUGACCUGUAAGCCUCCUCUCUACAUGGGCCCAGAGUACAUCAAGUACUUCAGUGACAAGACCAUAGACGACGAGUUGGAGAGGGACAACAGGGUAACGUGGAUUGUAGAGUUCUUCGCUAACUGGUCUCCGGAGUGUCAGUCCUUUGCCGCCGUCUACGCAGACCUCUCCCUCAAGUAUAACUGUGCUGGGCUCAAGUUUGGGAAGGUGGACAUCGGCCGGUAUGGAGACGUGUCUAAGAAGUACAAGGUGAGUACCUCUCCCCUCUCCAAGCAGCUGCCCUCGCUGCUGCUGUUCCAGGGGGGCAAGGAGGUGAUGAGACGCCCCCAGGUGGACAAGAAGUGUAGGGCCGUAUCCUGGAGCUUCACUGAGGAGAACAUCAUCCGGGAGUUCAACCUGAACGAGCUCUACCAGAAGUCCAAGAAACUCAAUAAGUCCAAGGGAGACUGGAGUGACAAGAUCAACGAAUCACAGUUCCCGCCGUUGCACGAAGAGGAGGAGCCCGAGGUCGAUGCCCAGGGGGAGGAGACGGAGACCAAGAAGGACAAAUAGAAUUGUCAGGGGUAGUGGCCUCAGAAGAACGCUGGGACAUCACAAUGGAACUAGCUGGUGUUAUGUUCUAUCGAGGGAACAAACAUGAUUGUUACGAACCCUUUUUUUAUUUUGUUAUGUACAACACGUGAUUAUGAUUAACUCAAUAUUAACUAACUCUAUGCUCAUCAUUGGUUGUGUCCCAAAUGGCAUUAUAUUACCUAAUAUAGUGCACUAGGGAAAAGGGGUGUGACUUAUGACUUAACAAUUGAAUGCAUUUUUAUUUAGGCUUUAAUAUUGGCACACUACAAUUAUACACUCCAUUCCUAGUGUUUCACUUGAUUUAAAACGUGUCCCAUUUGGGGAUAUAGUGUGAAUUUACACUCCGUCCAGUCCAUGCUUGGUGAGACAAAUUGCAUGCACCUAUUGAACUGAAGUUACAUUGGCUUCGUCUGAAAUGGCUUAAUGGUUCCGACAUGGUGAAGUAUUUUACGCCAGCUACCUACCUUCAACUGGGUCCAUGAUAAUGUGUAUGAGCCACAGCCUCUGUCCCAAAAGGUCUUUGAGAGGAAACUUGUUUUAUUUUUUUUCUCUUCCAUAAGUGGUUGUCACCUAAUAGUUUUCAGUUAAAGAUGAUGCUGGAGUGAACAGAGCAUUUGGCUAAUAACACUAAGUCCAUGUGAGAACUAGACCUGUUAUUUUGUCAUCUACAAAAUAUCAGAGAUUGUUGAGGGAGGCACUGGUAGUCUCUAUCCCUCACUCCCCUCCGUGACAGAAUAUCCCUCACUCCUCUCCGUGACAGAAUAUCCCUCACUCCCCUCCGUGACAGAAUAUCCCUCACUCCUCUCCGUGACAGAAUAUCCCUCACUCCUCUCCGUGACAGAAUAUCCCUCACUCCCCUCCGUGACAGAAUAUCCCUCACUCCCCUCCGUGACAGAAUAUCCCUCACUCCCCUCCAUGACAGAAUAUCCCUCACUCCUCUCCGUGACAGAAUAUCCUUCACUCCUCCAUGACAGAAUAUCCCUCACUCCCCUCCACCCUGACAGAAUAGGUAGAAUUACAUGUUUACUUUCAAACGCUCCCAUUUCAGGGCUGGCUUCCAUCUAAACGAAUAACAUUUUGACACCAGCAUCUCUAGGCGAUGUAACAGAACAUUUUACUACCUGUUUGACAUUCCCUUGGUUACUGUAGAAUUCUGUCUCAACCUUCCGUUCAGAAUGUGUAGAUUGAUUCCGUGAAUGGGUGAGCCUGCCGCUUGAGGUGUCUGACAUGUUUUUUUAUGCAAUAAAAAUGAGUACAUGAA